CGAACGUCAACCGUCACAGCCGUUACGAUAGUUUAAUCAUUUUUCAGCUGGUCGUGCUCGCGUUUUCAAUGUUAUUUUUUAUAGUUUAUUUGUUAUCUUAGUGUUUUUAUUGUUAAAAUGUCGUUCUCCAAAGCCAAAAUCCAAAGAUUUAAUGACGUUAAAGAGUGUACUCCAUCACCGGCAACAUACAAUGUUUCCUUGCAAGAAAAAGUCAAACUCGGUCUAAUUUCAAAACCAGGAACGUACUCAAAACUUGGGAGCCCCACGCGGUCAGAGACGGGCUCAGUUCACAGCACACCUUGUUUUCAAACACCUACUUUGCCCUUGAAGAAAAAGAAGUUUUUAUCGUUCAAAAGCGCGAAAACCAGCAGUCAACAAGAAGAACUGAGGGAAAAAAUAGUCGAAUGUAGUAAUAAAGAUCAAUACAUCAGGGAUUUAAUCGAACAAAUUGAAGAAAUGACCGGGAAAGUUAAUAAUCUGGAACGGGAGAAUCUACGUUUACUUGAGGAAAAAAACGGGUGUGAGGGAGCCUUAUCUGAUUUGAGGCAACAACACCUUGAAGAUAAUCUUAAACGUACUAAAAAAUACGAGGGGAUAAACACCAAUCUUCAAAAUGUAAACAAACAGCUGCGUCAAGUUCGCCGAGAAUAUGAAGAACUGAAGUCGCAAAAUUUGGUCGAGUUGAGCAAGUUGUUGAGCAAUAUUGCCAAGUUUCAGAAGUUGUACGACGACAGUGUGAAGCAAAGUCGCGAAGAAACUGAAGCACUGGUGAAGAAACUCGAAGAUAGCGAAGCCAAAGUUGUGCUACUUGAAGAUGAAUUGAGGGGGAAGAAUAAAGAACACAGCAAAAAAGUCGAAACGUUGCUAGCUCAGCAUGAAACACUAUUGAAGAAAUUUGAAGAAAACCAGAUUAAAGCCGCACGGCUUGAAGGGGAAUUUUCACAGAAGCUACAAGAGAAGAAUGAAGAAGUCGAAGCACUGUUGAAGAAACUCGAAGAUAAUGAAAAUGAGUUGCGGGAAAAAAAUGAAGAACACAGCAAAAAAGUCGAAACGUUGCUAGCUCAACAUGACACACUAUUGAAGAAACUUGAAGAAAGCCAGAUUAAAGCUGCACGUCUUGAAGAGGAAUUUUCACAGAAGUUACAAGAGAAGAAUCAAGAACUUGAAGAAAGUGAAGCUAAAAUCGCACUGCUUGAACGGAAGAACAGUGAAGAACAUAGCAAGGAGACACGUGUUCUCUUGAAGAAACUUGAAGAAAGCCAAGCUAAGGUCACCCUUCUUGAAGAGAACUUCAAAGAUGUGAAACUUCUGACUGAUCUUCAAAUAUGCGACAAGAUUAAAGAAGUUGAAGACGGAUGGAAGCAAAAACUUGAAGAAAAACAAAGAGAACAUGAAGCAAUUCUAAAAGAGUGCCAAGCAAUUAGUGAGUACACCAUCAUUCAAAGCGAAGUGGAGAAGAACCAAGUGAAGAAAUUGCUUGAAGAGAAAGAACAAUCCCACCAGGCCUUGGUGAAGAAAUUUGAGCUGUUGGAAGAAGAAGUUGGCUUUAUGAAGAGCGAGAAACACAAAUACCAACUUUCAAUCAGCACAUUCAAGGACACUAUUGAAGUUUUGAAGAAACGUUUGUUCAAUUCGGACCGUGAUGUUGAACAAUUGAAGGAAGAACUGGAAAAAUGUGAAGAAAAAAUCCUAACGUAUGAGAAAAAAAUUGCGGAACUGUCGAGUCAAUUGCUCGAAACUCAAACCGCAAAUGAAGAACUGGAAAUGCAGUACGAAUCCACCUCUAAACUUAUGCAAAAUCAGGUCCAAACCAUCGAAAAAAACCUAUUAUCCAAAGUUGAAGUUCUUCAAAACGAGGCCAAACAACUGAAGAAGGACAAGCAAUUGUUAAACGAGGUUUUAUCGCAACACCACGACCAACAAAAGCUACUAAACGAAGCACAAAAAGCUAUCGAAAAAUCGCACUCACUUAUCUACGAUUUGGAAAACAGACAAUCAGAGUUGGAAGAUAGAGUUCGUUCGUAUAAAUUAAAACUGGAUGAAGAAACGGAAGAAGCCGCCGAAAUCAGGAAGAAAUACAUCGAGAAGAGUGGGAAAUACGACGAGUUGGCCCACCAAUUCGAGCAACUCCUUCAGGAGCUGGACAAGGCCAAGGACCGCAUCCAGGAGCUGGAGAAUUUGAUUGGCCCGUAUCAGGAGCAACUGGAAGCGUACCAAAACGAACUCGUCGUGCUUACAAACGAGAAAAACGUCUUUGAGAAUGAGGCCAAAGAGUUGAGUUUGAAGUACGCCGAAAUUUUAGGACACCAGAACCACAGUCAGAAGAUCAAACAUAUCGAAGAUUUGAAGACCAAAUAUUUGGAAAAGACGAAGAAGAAUGUGGAUCUCGAAGCGAAAAACUUGAAGCUGAAUAAGUUGAUUGAUAAGUUGUCAAGGCAAAUUGAAGAUAUGAAUAAACCAGGGAAGAAGUAUAAACUCGUUGAGGAUAAGGAGAAUUUGGCUAGUCCCAAGAGUUUGAAAGGGACGCAAAGUCCGGGACCCCUCAAGGAUAAAAAUUAGGAUAAGGCUCACUUUUUUAAUUUAUUAUUUGAUUGUGUUCUAAAAAAGGCUGAUUAGUGUUAAAAGAAUUGUAGGUUUUAUACAAGUAACUCCGUUUAGUCAUAGCUGCGAUUCGUGGAAUCCAAAGGUUUUAUGUCAAUGAAGUACAAAAUAUAUUUGAUGCACUUUUUAUUAAA